GAUUAGCAAAUCUACGGUAAUUUCCCAACUCAACUGCAGCCUUGCAACUCCUUAAAUACCAGCCUUUUUCAGUUCUGAGCAGUAGUGCUUGAUUGCUGGACGAGCCAUGAAGACACUGGUGACUUUUGCCCUUGUGGGACUUCUAGCCCUUUGGGUGGAACUACCUUUCACAGCUUGUCAGAACACUCCAAGAGAAAAAUCUGGAACUUGCCCCCCAAAUCCAUUCAGAUGCAGUGUAAAGGGAAAGGAUGCCUGUGAUUAUGACUCUGACUGCCAGGGAAUUAAAAAGUGCUGCUACUUCAAUUGUGGCAAGACUUGCAGAAACCCACAAGGCAAACCUGGAAUCUGCCCGAGAGAUAUUUGCAGAUGCAGUGGCCCUCAACCCGAUGAGUGCAAAGAUGAUUAUAUUUGCCCUGGAAGGAAAAAGUGUUGCUAUUUUUGUUGCGCAAUGCGCUGUAAGGAUCCAAAAUUCCAAGAAGACUGAGACAUUUUUCUUGGGUGGAUGAUGUUUCCCCUUCAUCCUAAAAUGCCUGAAGACCACAGGUGUUGAUGGCUCAUCCUGUUUAUGAAGAUUGGGAAAGAAGCAAAAUGUUCGAGUGGGAAAUGGGCUUCUUUUUCAUUACUUUUCUAUUUCCCUGCUAAUAAACAUUAUAAAA